GAUUAGUCGGUCUCAACUACCUGAACUCGUUGAAUUCCGAGUCCAAAUUUGGGACUCCAUGGAUGAGAACCCUACCAAAAACUAGCAAAGAGAGCAGUAUUUGAAAAACAUAUACAUAGGUACUUUGCAGGACAAAAAGCGAACCUAUCAAAUCCGUAGGAGCAUCAUUUGCUCAGGCAACUGAGAACUUGGUAAAAAAAAAAAAACUGAGAGAUUGGGAGAGCCAAAAAGUAGAGACCAGAAAUCGCUUGGAGAAUGUUCCGCCAUACCAAGUAAGAUCAGUUGAAGGUGGCGCGUUGCGCUCGACGGUUGUCGUUGUUCUGGUUCUCAAAAAAAAAGUUCCCCAAUCUCUUAAGGAGCAGCUGUGCUGUCGUCUGCCGUAUUAGGACGCGAUAUCGGUCAAGUUCAGGCGACAACGAGACGACGCGACGAUCACUCAAUUAGCCUCGCCGUGAGGGCGCGUGAAAUUCACUUUUAAUUUUCCCGAACUCAAUUUUCGUGCAACACAAACUCAUAUACACCAUAUAGAUCGCUUUUGUUACGAAUCUUUCGUGUGCUUGUUGGAAAAUGAAUUUGUCACAGUGCCAAAAGAUGACCAUAUCCCCGGUGGAUCGUAAGGAACAGGGGAGCGUGGGCAGUGCUUUGGGCCAACGCUACGGGCAGCUGCUCCACGGAGCCAAAUACACUGAUUGUGUGUUCCACGUGUGCGAGGAGCAGGUGAAGUGUCACAAGCUCAUUUUAAGCACCGCAAGUCCUGUAUUUGAGGCCAUGUUCUUUGGACCAAUGCAAAACAACGAACCAGAGCCAGAAAUCGAAAUACACGACAUUAGUACUGCCAUCUUUAAGGUGCUCGUGGAAUAUAUCUACACAGGGGUCGUGGACUACAAGGACCUGGAACUGGUGGCCUGCAUUGAGCUAUACUACGCGGCGGAGAAGUAUCUACUAAAUGAGUUAAUCGCCGACACACUCUUGGCAAUAACCAGGAAAUUGCGUUUCGGCAACAUCUUGCCUGCCCUAGAGCUUAGUGUUUGUAUGGGUUUGGAUGGUCUGCUGGAGGUCUGUAUGACCUUUUUCAUGCGCUGUUGUGUGAAUAAUGGACAGUAUAUGAGCCAUCUGAAGGAACAUUACGUACACGUGUCUAAAGAAUGCGUCAAGGCCAUUAUAGCGGCCUGCAAGGAGCCACACAAGCUACUUAUUUGGUACGUUUACGAGUGGACACGGCAGGAGUGCGAACAAUUGGGACUACGCUCUAGUGAUGCGGACUUGGUGGUCCACGAUUUGGCUGGUGAAUCAAGCGAUUGGCCCGUGGUUUCGAGUGUAAAUGAUUUGGAUUCUCCUACUCUAGGUCCCGUGGUUUCGGUAGAGCGCUGCUAUUACAAGGCCUGUAGGCCUUUUACAGUGGAUGCCGAGACACCGGUAUUUCGGCUUCGCUUAAAGUGCCCCAGGUUCAUCUCUCUGAUGGGCUUGGUGCUAAACAGUAGGCUGACCCCAAACCGUUUGGGUCACAUCCAGCAGCUGGAGUACAGGGAAUCUCUGCGUCUCGAUCUAUGCGAGGUGCCCGCAGACAGCGAGAGUCCCGCCACGACGCCCGUGUGGAGUCAGGUCGUUCAGAAUCAGAGUACGAAGUACAAUUGCGACUUGCAUCUAAACUGGCGGCGCGAUGAGGGCUGUGUGCUGAAUCCUGAACUGACAUAUGAGAUACAUAUCUGCUGGGACACCAGUGCCUACGGUGCUGAGUAUCCGUGCAGCCUGCAAUCCUGCAUGGCGGACGGAAUGCAGUUCAUGGACGAAGAUAGCUUUAGCGGAAGUCUCGUCAAGGGACUUCGGUACGCCAAUCUGGUUUAGCGGCCCCAGAUGCGAUACUCGAUACCAUAAUUAGUUAGUCCAUAAGACAUGUGUGUAUUUAUUGCCCUAAGUUAAUGUACGCUCCCUCAGAGUUCAAUAAACUGUGAGUAAUAUUGCUUCAAA